AUGGAACAGCAAACAAAAUAACCACCUGUGUUUAUUUACAAUAAAAAUUAUGACACUCCUGAUACAAAAGAUCAUUUCUUUGCUACGCAAAUCUAGACUUUAGUUUUGGCAAUAUUUAUCACAGGCAUGAUGCAACUUUCUAAUCAUCUUGCUAUAUAUCUAAUUUAUUGCUGCCCUAUGUAUUUCUUUAUAGUAUUACUUUAAUGGUUGGUUUUUUGGAAACCAAAACGUGACCUCUCAUUUGGGUUUAACAUAUAUAAUUUGGUUAUGUUCAUAAUUUGUUUGCCUAUAUUUUUUGGAGUAUUUUUUGCCGUUUUUCAUCCUACUGCUUCUUUAGAAUUUAAAUAAGCUUAGAAUUGCCAAUUGAUCGGUAAGUAAAGUAAAUGGAUAGAAUUUACUGAGAAAUACUCCAUCCUUUAUAUCAAUUUUGAAUAUGAAGGAAAGCAAUACUUAGGAUAAGCUUGCGCUUCUAAUUUCUAUUAAGCUGAUACAACUGACCCAAUUUUUCCAUAUUAAUUUUACUACAAAUAUGAUAAAGUUUAAUGUGGUCCAAUAGAUAAAAAUUUUACAGAUCCAUAAUAUCCUAAUAGAAUGCUAUCCUAAAAUGAUAUUCAUUUACCUAAUUCAUAUAAUAACCAAAGAAUACUUAAAAGAGGUGGCGGUAGUAGAGGCGGGGGCAGCAGAGGUAGUUCAAGAUCAAGUUCAUGUUACAGAAGUUAUUUAUGGAGUAAAGUAAAAAUAGCUAGCUGGCUAUGCAUGGAUAGUGAUUUCGAUGAAGAAGAUUACAUGUAACCUCAAUCUUGCUAUGUUAAUUUUUUUAAUGGAGAUAUGGCAGCAUAAAACGGAGAAUAAAGAUAAGCUAUGAAAGACUAAAAUAGCUUUCCACUGAUAGCAUUUAAGUCUCAUGCUUACUUCCCUGAAAUAGAUUUAGUUUGCUUAAUAAUAUUUUCAUAUUAUAAUUGGAUAUUAUCUUUUAAUUCUUUAUUUUAGUACCCAGCUUAUUAUCUUCUCAAAAAGAUUUCAAACAAAAACAACUAAAAAGUCAUCCCACUAGAAAUUUAGCCAUAAUAAUAGCAAUCUAUUUAACAGGAACUCUAGCAAAAUUAGCUACAACCUAUUUAACAGGAGUAGUAAAAUAAAUUUAAUUUGGAAUAUUUUCCAUACCUAGUCCAAAUAAAUUAACAAUUAAAGAAUAAUAAUCUCGAUAAUAAUAAUGAUUAUGCUGUUUAGUCUUUAAUGCCACAAAGUGAGCUUUCAUAAUUGUUUUAGUAAUAACCAGAUCCUAACUAGGUUCCAAUUCAUACAAAGGAUGGGUUAACACAUUAAUAUAAUCUAUAAAAAGAUUAUAAUUCUGCUAAAUCUUGUAAUGACUGA